CAGUUCACUUUCUUCUUUCACGUUUGGCUACGUGUGGUGCUUUCUGAUAACGAAUUCUACGUGUAGGCAGAGGGCAGAGGCUGGGCCCUGCUUACUUCAACGGUUGCAGAAGUCAGUGGCAAACAGCUGAAUCUCAGACCUCCUGCGACUGACCACGUGUGUAUUGUCAGAUGCACCCCCACUUGUGAGCAGCAGAAACCUGGGAAGAUGAGAAGAGCAAGCUUAAGCGCGGUUCCUGAGAUGUGAAGAUGAAGUUUAAGCCUGGUUCCAGAAUCUGAGAUGCAGUAGAUGGUGCUGAAGCAACACUGAGGCUCCUGAGAUAUCCACAGUCCAGUGUCUAUAUAGGAAGUGCCUGCUGGCUCUCCCAAACAUUGAUGGUCCUGUGUCUUCGAGAGAUGCACUCUGGGACAAGAAAACACUGACUGUCUUGAGUAUAAACUUACCUAAGUUCUAAAAAUGGGAAGAAUUUUUCUGGAUCAUAUUGGUGGCACUCGCCUGUUCUCCUGUGCAAACUGUGACACAAUUCUGACCAAUCGUUCUGAGCUCAUCUCCACUCGUUUUACAGGGGCCACGGGAAGAGCCUUUCUUUUUAACAAGGUGGUAAAUCUGCAAUACAGUGAAGUUCAGGAUCGGGUCAUGCUCACUGGGCGCCACAUGGUUCGAGACGUGAGCUGCAAGAACUGCAACAGCAAACUGGGUUGGAUCUAUGAAUUUGCCACUGAAGACAGCCAGCGCUACAAGGAAGGCCGUGUUAUCCUGGAAAGAGCGCUGGUCCGAGAGAGUGAAGGAUUUGAGGAGCAUGUUCCAUCCGACAAUUCCUGAAGAGACUUGAGUGUCUUUGCAGGUUCUCUUCAACUGAAACUCAAAAAUAAUAAAAUCAACAAAAAAAUCUGCUUACAUACACUGUCACCUUAGCAUCAGAGUCGGAUUCAUGGACUACAGAGUGGGAAAGAUUGUGAGAGUAUUUCAGAUGGAACCUUCCUUUCUUUAUUCCUUUUAUAUUUUACUUUCCCUCCAGCAGCUGUUUGUAGAAAGAAUGUUGUGCAGAUGCUGUAACUUUUUCUCUCUUGCAUUUACAUCUGUUAGAUUUGAGAUUGUUUCUACAGAUACGAUGGGCUAAAGGAAAAUAUUUGGGGGAUUUGUCUUUUGUUAGAGAGAAAUCAAUGAGUUUUUUUUAGUUUGCACAAACUGAUGUCAGCAUAAAUUUAUUUUAAAACUACAGAUGUUUUUUUAAAAAGUAUAUUCCAAUUUUUGGCUUAAGUUUUUAGUUAGAGUUUUUUUUUUACCCGGUCUUUUCACCUGAUUUGCUAGCUGAAGUAAAGAGAUCCGAAUUUGUGCCGAGUGCUAAAGGUUCAGUGUUGGUACAGCUUGGGCUGGCCCUUGUGCCAUAUUCUUGUUGAGGUUGAUUGGUAGCACAGAGCCCAUUAUUUCUUGUCGUUCCUGACCCAAAGAUGUCACCAUUCCUUGUUUAUUUGUGAAGUCCCAUUCACCAUGUAAACUGGUGUUGAUUGGAAACUAUUCUUGAAAUAGGGCAAAACUGCUUGGCUUUUUUUAAUUUUAACUGAUGUAACUUAUAAGCAUAGUAAUAAUAUAAAAUAAUAGUUGUCUGUUUAGUCUUGCGUUGCUUACAAAUCAGAAGCUGUGUUUGUAAUGAUAGGGAUCCACUGAGAAACUACUGUUUCAGUAGUAAUUUUUCUUCGGUUCUCUACUAAUCUCAUUAAGUAGACAGGCAAUUGCAAAUCUUAAUUCUUCUUCAAGUAGCUUUCUUUAAACCCAGAACUUCCUAUGUUAAACACAGCUGCUGUGUAAAAGGAGAAGAUUGCCAGCAUGUUUGUUCAUGCCUAGAGUUAUGCAAUCUGCAUCUCUUGAAAAGAUUAACUUAAACAGCUUGUUUUCAAAUGCUGCUUCUGGUGUUGAAACCUUUAUCUUUCAACUUUGUUGAACCUUUUCAUUGUGAUGUUACAUUUUUAUCUUUCUGGGCAGCAGUACAUGUCAGCCUAGUAGUAACUAGUGACUUGGAUUCCUGCUUUCUUCUUGUAGAGGUCAGCUCUGUUUAAAACAGUGGUCUUGCUUGCCUUUUUAGCAAAAAUGCUCUUCAUUAACUUAACUCAAGGGUGCCCAAACACUUUCAUUGUGUCUUAAGCCAUAAGUUAAGAUCUCAAGGGCUGAAAUUAAUUUGAAUGUUAGAUGUGUAUGAUUCCUUAUCAAAGAUACAAGUUAAUUUGUAUUUUUUUUUCUUAUUGGAUAAAUAGUGGUCAAUGUGAAGUAAGUUACCCACAGACGUACAAAAGGGGGGAAAAAACCCCACCCAACCAAACAGAUCUGGGCUCUGACCUUUCAGAAUAACUUUUCUUCACUAGCCGCAGCUCCAUAUCUGAAACUAAAAUGUGGAGGGUGACUAUGCAGAGAAUUUUUCUUAAUUUUUUUUGGUUGCUAAGUGGCAAGUUGGACACCCCUGACUUGAAUCUACUGCCUGUUUCAUGUAAAAGUAGCUUUAUUAUAGAAUUGUCACAUAGAAAGAAAACAGAGUAGAUCACAUACCAGAGCUGUGCUUGGAUCAAGCUGCUUAAACAAUAGUGUACUUGUGCCUCAAAUGAAUCAGUUUUUGCACUGAGUACAGUAGUACCCCAUUAUCUUGUACUUCUGUCCUUCACAGACCCUAAAAGCCCCAUUAGCAUGGUUCUCUGCAGUACUUUCCUUGUACUUCUGACAUUACAGUACAAUAAAAUAU